AUGGAGAAGAUCGUGUUUUACGAGGAUAAGGACUUCCAAGGGAGGUCCUACGACUGCAAAGGGGACUCUGCUGACCUGCAGAGCUACAUACGAAGAUGCAACUCUCUCAAAGUGGAAGGUGGCUGGUGGGUUCUGUAUGAGCGCAACAACUACACAGGCUACCAGUAUGUGGUUGGUCCAGGAGAGUAUAACAUCUAUCACCACUGGAUGGGCUUCAACAACUGUGUGAGAUCCUGCAGAAUCAUCAAAAAUGCUAAAGGGCCACACAAACUGAUGCUGUUUGAUCAGCCACAGUUUGGUGGACGAUCUCUGGAGCUGACAGAGAACAUCAAAUCUGCACCUGAAAAAGGGCUCAGACUUGAGGUUCAGUCCUGCAAGAUCCUAGAGGGGACCUGGGUGUUUUAUGAACAUCCCAACUUCAGUGGUCGCCAGUACCUGCUGGAGAAGGGAGAAUACCAGCACCACACUGAGUGGGGAGCUCUGAGGGCAACUGUGGGCUCCAUCAGAAGAAUUAUAGAGCAGUCAGAUCCAGACAAUGCCCAAUAA